AUGUUGCUGUGCGUGUUCGAGGGAUCGGUGCUGAGAAAUGUACGACCUGGCCGCCUGCCCGUCCCGUUCCACCACGGGGUCUGGCCGCCGCUGACUUCCUGGCGGUCGCGCCCCAGCGCAGCGGCCGCGGAACGCCACGACCUCGGAGGCCUACAGGUUGGCACCAGCACCAGUGUCGGCGGUGUGCAUCCACAGAAGGAGGUUUGUCCCGACCUUGGUGAUGGUGGCAGCUUCCUCGCCGCCCUCGACUCCGCGGCGCGGCGCGGGGCCCUGCCGGGCGCGCGCGGGGUGCCGCACGGCCGCGGCGGAGGCCGCCGCGAGGCGCGCGGCCGGGACGGGCCACAACGCGGCGGAGGAGUGUGGCGGCGUGCUCCCCGGGGCCUCGGCGAGGCCAGCGACGUGCGCUGCGUGAGGGGGCGCGGGGCGUCGAGAGCAUUCCGAGGGGGCUGCCCGGCGGGGCCGCGCGCGCCGGCGGCCCGCGGCGGCGCGGCCUAG